UUUGUUAGUGCAACUACCUGCGACGGGUUAAGUGGAGUCGCUUGUUGAAUGGCUCGUUUAAAACAAGCCUUUAAGAAAUGAUUAAUAAGAGAAAAUAAGACUAAAUUAGUAAAAAAAUGAGAGUUUACAUCAGGCUUGUUUGGAUUUUAAGCCUUAUUUCUAUUUCACAAUGUCGAUCGCCGUAUACAAACAAAUACUUCUUCAAAAUCAAACCGGAUGACAUACCGGAAGUGAGGACGAAGUUACUUAACUACCAGUUUGAAUUCAAAAAUAAGAUAAUAGAUGGCAUUUACGUUUUUCAACUAACGAAUUCAACGGACGGCUAUGUGAUGCCAAUGAAACGGAUUCAUCAACUGAUCGAGGAGUUUGACGGAAAGGUAGAAGACAUUGAGCAGUGCAGAACAUGGUUUGGGACUCAGACUGGUUUCUAUGAAGAAAACAAAACCCUUGACACAGGAACGGGCUCGAAUGUGCCUGUAAUUGAAACUGACAGACAUCGGAGACAUGCGCCGGAUCUCUCUAUUCCCGUAGCGAUAAAAGUGACUUCUGCCGUAGCAUCAGCUUUGAUAUUCAUGGCUGCAGUCGGAUACAUAAUGCACAGGAGACGGGAACGGAAUAAACAAAAUAAAAACAUGGAACUAGAGAAUGAGCCAUUAAAGAAAUGUGUCCCUGUAUAAGUACAUGUUACAUUCCUCACCAUGACGAACGUUUGUAUCCUGUUAUAGGUACAUGCUACUUUGCUCAAGACAUUCUAUGGCGAACAGUAAAAAAAGCUGUGUGAGUUUUAUUGUGUUGAUUAUAUUUUGCAUUGUUUUAACUGAACAGCGAAUGUUAAAAGAUAUGUAUAAAUCACCAACUCGAAGGUAUAUUAUAUGUAAAGCUUAUCCCUUAAGAAGCUCUCUGUUUCUUCUUCUUUGAUUCUACUCACAAACAGCAUUAUGAUAAUAAUAUCAGAACGUAUUAUUUAUUAUUAUACAUGGCUUGUUAUUUGUUAUAUUCAUAUCCGUAGCAUUCUUAAUUAAACAGCCUGGAUAUAAUUUUAUGUUGAUUUACAUAUCUAUAAAAUCCAUUUGUAUAGUUUAUGUUUCUUUCUGCCUCUAAACAUCUGGGCGGUAUUCAUUAACUUAUUUCACCUUCCUCAUAUAAGUAUGACCCCCAUUCAUAUGAAAUUGACUUUAUUGAGGAAAACAUACUUUCAUAUUUAAAAACUAAUUCAUUUCUUUUCAUUUGACUAUGCAGGUUUUAAGAAACCAAUUUAAGUUAGGAAUUGACUUAAGAUGCAAUACAAAUAUGGCCCCUGAAUUCAGUGAAGAAGAUGAAAUAGAACUUAACACUGAAACAGAAGACACAAGUUCUGACGUCAGUGUAACACAAAUAAAUGUAAGCGAGAACAACACCACGUUCAAACGUGAGGAUACAUCGUUUAGAUUGAUACACCUCAUAAACAGUGUGCGUAUACCACGUGAUAAAUUACGUCAUAAAUGCUACGUCGGAAGGCAACACUUGGCUUAGAAUGAAAACAUUAAAUAAAAAUAACUUUCUUAUAUCUUCACCAUUUUAAUCGAAACAUAGCGCAGUCUUCGCCGCUUACGGAGCCUAGCCUUCGUUUUAUUUUACUAGACUGAGUUUGAUUUAUUUAUAGUUUUUUUAGUUUCUUAAAACACUUCGACAAAGUAGUAAAUAAAAAGUUUUCUCUGAGCUAUGGCUUUAUUUUAAACAAAAUGUUGCCUUCCGACGUAACAAAUAUGACGUAAUUUAUGUGGUACACACACACUGAUUAAGGUACCCGAUUGUACACAUGAGCUUUCCGUUUUACCGAGGCAUUGAUAUAAAUGUGAUGUGUUGAUGCCUGUUAUUUGUUAUCAUUCAAAAGGGUAUUGCAGACUUAUAACAUACACGUUAAUAUCAUAUCCGGAUCAUAUUAUUAAUCAAUGUAUUGCCUGUUGAAGUUAAUUCAUUAAUUCCCAUGAAAUCGGGGCGCGAUAUGGCCUAUCUCUCUAUAUUUCAAGGCCAAACAAGCUUAUGUGUAUUGUCCGUUGGCAUAUGGGAUCACAAGGCAUCCAAAAUUGACAUAAUUGUUACUUCAAUGGCGUAUAUCAUUGGAUCAGUAUUAAAUGUUUUCGUUUGA